AGAUAAAGAGAGAGAGAGAUAGAGAUAGGCAUUACUCGCUCUCACUCGCUCACUUGGAGAGAAAUAUUUAAACAGUGAAGAAAAAUUAAGGACAUUUUUUGUGAAGUUCUCCAUUAAAUCGUAAACAGAAAACGGGAAAAAAGUGCAACAGAAAACGGGAAUUUGGGUUUAUUUUUUGUGGAUUAUGAAAAAAAAUUGAAAAAAAAAAUAAUAAGAUGAAAUUUAAUUGUUCACAGGUGUUCCACUAUGGCGUGUUUGACCUGCCCCUGCCGUGCCGCCUACGCCUGCACGGCCCUUCAGUGGCCAACCUGGAGACUGAAGUGAAUUUGGGAGAGGGAGAGUCAUAUGGCCAGCUGGAAUACCUCACAAUGACUACCACCACCACCACCACCGCCGCCGCUGCCGCAGGGGAGGGGGACGGCGGAGGGGGGGCUGGGGGGCUAUUCUCCGGAGAGGAUGUGGCCUUCUCUAACCUCUAUCCUGCUGUUAUGGAGUGUUUUGUGAUCAUAUUGUGCGGGUACCUCGCAGGAAGGUGUAAUUUGAUCUCACAAAAUGAAGCAAAGGGAUUAAACACCUUCGUUGGAACAUUUGCAUUGCCUUCACUAAUCUUCCUGUCUAUGGCCAAGCUGGACUUCAGUGCGGUAAAUUGGGCGUUUCUGGUGUCCAUCUGCGUGUCCAAAUCGGUGGUGUUUGCGGUGGUGGUGGUGGUGACCCUACUGGUGUACAAGCCUGUAGAUUUGGGCAGGGCAGGGCUCUUUGCCAUAUUCUGUACGCAAAGCAACGACUUCGCGCUUGGAUACCCUAUAGUGGCUGCUCUGUACGGCAAGACACAUCCUGAGUUUGCAUCCUAUCUAUAUCUAGUGGCUCCGAUCUCCUUAGUCCUAUUAAACCCCGUAGGAUUUGUCUUAAUGGAGAUUGGCAAACGUCGUCGCAGGGCAGAUGACAGCAGCGGCAGCAACAGCGAGGGGGCAGCAGGUCAGCAGGCGGGUUGCAAGCUGGCCCUCUUUAUAGCGAAGGACGUUUUCUUAAACCCAAUUGUUCUUAUGACUACGCUGGGAAUUGUGGGUAAUUUUUUGUUCACCCACACAUUACCCACAAUCCUCGAAGGUAUACUCAAGGUCCUGGGCCAGAGUUUCUCCGCUACAGCCUUGUUCCUGCUGGGCCUGAGAAUGGUUGGCAAGGUUCAAACACUCAAAGGGUCUGGUUUAGUGGUUCCUGGGAUACUAAUUGCCACUAAAACGCUGAUCCUUCCCCUGGUGACUCGGGAAGUGGUGACACUGCUUCAGCCGGGCACCAGUGCAAACGAGACUGUCGAUUUUUCUAAUUACGGAUUCCUGUAUGGCACCUUUCCAACCGCACCAGGCGUGUUUGUUUUCGCCACGCAGUACAAUGUUGCUGUCGACUUGAUGGCCAGCGCAAUGGUGGCGUGCACCUUCCUCUCGGCACCACUGAUGUUCGUGUCAGCCAAGAUGGUAACUCUUGUCCAUAUUAAUCCCAGUGACUAUGUGAAGGAAUUGGAGGCCAUCCUUCUAAACGUGUCUAUUGUGGGCCUGGUGUCUACUGUGUGGGUUUUGUUUGUUUUUAUCCUGAGCAAGAAAUGGAGAAAGGUUCCUCAUUUCUUCACAAUGUGUCUCACCAUCUCCCAGUGCGUCGCUUGUAUUGGUGCCUUGAUGUGGUCAGUGUUGGAAUGCAGCCACACAUGGAAACUGUACCUUCAAUUCAUCCUCUUCUCUUGGGGUGUCUUUGCUGCAAGGCUGUGGACCGCCAUCCUCGCUGUCACCCUUUUCCUCCUGCGCUGGCGAUCGCUGUGCUUCGUGCUGCGUCUACGCCCGUUCCUGUGUGUCCUGGGAUGGGGGCUGCCGGCAGUGGUGGUGACUAUUCUGGUGUUGAUGGUACAGCAAGAAACAGAAGUGGGCGACAAACAUGACCCAAAUUUCCAGUAUGGUGCUGCGCAGGCUGUUGUGGCGCUGCUCCUUCUGUGGUUCAGCCUCUUCACCACGAUGGUGUGCCUGAUUCUACACCAGAGGCACGAGAAGAGGUAUGCACAAUACGAGUCAUUACUUCAUAUGGAUGAUGGAGACAGCCGAGCGUCACCACCACCUUCACAGCGAACAUCUGCUACGGACCUUCCUAGACUGGAGUGUGGUGGUGUUGCUUCAUCUCUGGUGUUGCAGGAAGACAAACUCAACACCAAACUGGAGGAGACCUUGUCCAGCUCCGACAGUGACAGCCUCUUCAGUCCAGACGACGACUUGAACAGCUGUCGGGGGCGUAGCAGUCGUGGUGGGGGCGGCGGCAGCAGCGGGGGGGAGGAGGACAGUGGCAUGGGGGGCGAAGGGGUUGCCCGCUUUCCCCUCACUGAGCCAGAAGAGACAGGGAUUGUGAGAGAUCGCGAUGACGAAUUUCAAAUGAUGCGACAUGUUGUAUUGUUGCUGCUUCUGUGUGGAUCCAUGAUUGUGGGGUUCGCGCUGUGCAUGUGGACGCUGGUGACCGAGGAAGUCAAUGGUGUGUACAUAGAAUUGGUGUUUCUGGAUAUAGUGUUGAAUUUUGGCCAAGGAUUUUUCACGGCUGCAAUCUUUGGUCUAGACACUCGACUGGUGCUCGUUCCUCUGCUGAGGUGGUGGCGGCGCUGCAGGGGCCUGGCUGAGGUGGUGGUGCCGCGGUGGGAGGAGCUGGACCCAGUGACAAGGCAGACCUGUGACCAGUUCACCAGUUACCACAUGGACAAGUGUGUGAAGGACAUUGUGAGGGACAGAAGAUGGCGUCUCCAGAACCUCACCAGUGUCUUUAUUGGCAAAGAACUCGUAGAUUGGCUCAUUCUGGUUGGACUGGCCAGCGAUCGGACGGAGGCAGUUAAAUAUGGCCGCCGUCUCCUCCAGGGGGGAAUUAUUUGUCACCUGCGGAGGCAACACCACUUCCACGAUCAAGCUUUGUUCUAUUCCUUCAGGGGUGCUGGUCUAUCGACGGGUCAGUGAGAGGGUUGUAGUAGUGGUGGUGGUAGAGAGUGAGUGUGUGUAUUUGUGUGAUUUAUGAGUGGAGGAGGAGGAGGAGGAGGAGGAG